AAACUCCAAAUUUAAUCCUGAGUUCUAUUUCAGCCUGACGUUCUCUUUCCUCUUCCCAAGUCCUCCCUUAUUCUCAAAGAAAAAUUGCAACCUCUUUCCCCUCUCGUCCGCCCUCUGCCGAUCUCUGAAAUUUUGGCUUCAUUAUUCGAGAUUUCUUCGCUACAGAGACGGCUAAACAACGAUAGCUGAAGAAUUUUGUAAUAGGCGGAGAAGGGUUUUGCCUUGGAACCAGGAAUUAGUUGGCUGCCACCACAAGUUUGAAGCCUCACAACAAAAAGUUAGGGGCACUAAGGCUCACUGCUCAUAUUACUCAAGGAGGAACUAACUGACAUUCAAGAAUUAGUUGGCUGCGACCACAAGUUUGAAGCCUCACAUCAAAAAGUUAGGGGCACUAAGGCUCACUGCUCAUAUUACUCAAGGAGGAACUAACUGACAUUCAAAGAAGCAAUACUUGAGAGCACGUGAGAGUGUGCAAGAGGGGUGCUAAAUGGCGUUGAAGUUUCUGAACAAGAAGGGAUGGCACACUGGGAGUCUGAGGAACAUAGAGAAUGUGUGGAAGGCUGAGCAGAAGCAUGAGGCUGAGCAGAAGAAAUUGGAAGAGCUUCGCAAGCAGAUUCAGGAUGAACGAGAACGCUCCGAGUUUCGCCUUCUCCAGGAACAAGCUGGUCUCGUACCGAGGCAGGAGAGAUUGGAUUUUCUUUAUGAUUCCGGACUGGCCGUUGGGAAGGGCAGUAGCAGUUCUGCUGGAGGAUCGGGAGUAGCAUUCAAGGCGCUUGAAGAAGCUGUUCCCAACAAUAGCAAGGCCAUUGAUUCAUCAUCUUCUACUGCCAAGCAGUCCUCUGCUCCAGGAGCCUUAUUUGAGGACAAGCCUCACUCUGCCAAUGACACUUGGAGGAAACUUCAUUCUGAUCCCUUGCUUUUGAUUCGCCAGCGGGAGCAAGAAGCCCUUGCCCGUAUCAAGAACAACCCUGUAAAAAUGGCCCUCAUUCGCAAAUCGGUUGAAGCAAACAAAGGGGAGAAAGCUCUCCAUAAAAAGGAACGUGGAAAGAAGCAUAGUCAUAAGCAUUUAUCGUCCAAAGAACAAUCAGAUUCAGAAGAUGCUCAUGGUGAAACUGAAAAGAGGAGAAAGACUGGCAAGCAUAAGCACUCUAAACAUGAUGACCAUUAUUAUAAAGGACAAGUGGUCUUGGAUGACAAAUUUAGUGAAAGAGAAAGUCAAAGAAGAAAGAACAGCUACAAGGCUUCCAACUCCAGAAAGCAGUCUCCCAGUAGCUUCUCAAGCUCAAAAAUUGCACAAAGUGAUGGUCAAGAUGCUGUGAACAAGAGUCGUGACAAGUUGAGUGGUGAGCAUCAUUCCUUGAAGGGCCAGACAGAACCUGAUUUUGAUAGAAAGGAAAGGGAAAAGAGAAGUUUUACGUAUAGAAAUGAAAGGGAAAAGAGAAGUUUUAAUGAACCAAGAUCUCAUGAUUCAUCCAUGUCAAUCCGCCAUGAUUCACGCCAUAAGCGCCACAAUGUUGCUUCUAAACUUUCAGAAGAGGAACGAGCUGCCAAGUUGCGGGAGAUGCAAAUGGAUGCUGAGUUGCAUGAGGAGCAAAGAUGGAAGCGCUUGAGGAAGGCUGAGGAGGAUGACGUAUGGGAAGCUACCCAUGCUAGCAUGUCUAGUGGCAAGAACUUCCUGGAUGCAGCUCAGAGAAGUGUGUAUGGCACUGAAAAGGGGGGAAGUUCCACCAUAGAGGAGAGUGUCCGUCGUCGAAAAUAUUAUUCACAAGGAAGGUCUGAAGAGGGUGAUGGCAAUUCUUUUCGGCGAUAGUGCUCUUGUAUCUUAUUAAUGUGUUUCCUGUUAUAAAUUUCCAGUGAUUAUCCAGUAAACACAUUCUAUACAGUGAUUUGGUACCUGGAAAGAUACCACAAGCCCAUUUUAUUUCGCUCUUUUUGGACCGGACGUUAUUAACUCUCUUUUCUUUUAAUUGGUGUUUGACCUGACAAAAGGCUUUUCACAACAUUUAGUAGGUUGAAGUUCCGAUACCCUCAGGGUGAGUAUUUUAGAAAUUCAACUGAUUAUGCUGUAGUUUAUUAUUAGUAGUAUGAUUAUUAUUAUUGUUAA